CCGCCAAAGCCCAAAAAGAGUGUGUUUAAACGCCUCAGCUGCCUGUUUUCAAGGAGUGGUGUUAAAGUACACAACACUCAAACUAAAAGCUCUGAGCAGCGAGCAACCCUUCAGAAUGAGGAUUCAGACGACAGCAUUACCGCAGCCAGCAUUUUAUCCGAUUCCAGCCACUUGGAAAUGGAAGAGCCGAGCACUUCGCAAAAAGCGUCAGAAAAGUCAUUAAAAUACGUGGAUACUGCCUCUUCUGGAGGUUUAUCCAACAGUGGUGCACCAGCAAAACCAAAUUACAACAUAGCCAAGUCUCGUAGGCGUGCAGGUUUGGGCAGCUGCUGGUGUGCAACACGUCGGAGGGACAACCGCCAGAAUGAGAAAAGCUGCCUCAUCCGAGUCAGAUUAGAGGAGGACAGAGCACAAGAAUUCAAAAUUAUUUUGGUGACUAAUCAAGAUCGGGUUUCCGAAAUCUUCCACAAAGCCAUGACCGUGCUCAAAUUUGAACCCGAGCGUCCUCAGGACUUUGAUCUCACACAGAUCAUUGAAUCAAAUAAAGUGCUCAUACUUCCGGCCAAUGCCAUCCUGUAUUACGCAAUGAACAAGGAAGUGAAUCACAACUUCAUCCUGAGAUUCACCGAAAGAAGAUCUUCACGUCUAUGCAAGUUUUAGCUGCAAUGUUCGAACCUCCUUCCCGAUGUGAAUAAAUGAGCUCUGGUGAGGAAGGGCUUUAGAGAGCUCACCGCCCUGAUUUUUGAGAGGUUGUAUGUAUUUUAUUUUCUUCUUCUCCUGUAAAUCGCUUGGUGCUCGAUAUAGGAUUCACUAAUUCGACAUUUACACAUAACCACUUUAUAACUAAAAAGGUUCAACAUCGAGGCUUUGCCAACAAUACCAGCCACAGAUA